GAUUGAUUUAUUAUGCACGGGGCGCUUUCACUCUUCUAGCUGUCAGUGGGUGGGUAUCCUGGCGGAAGGAAUGUUUGUUGUCUUUAUUAUUUGUAAUUACGCUGAUUGAUUGUUAUGUCUGCAUGAUACGUUUACGUUCCAUUCAGCUACUUCACGUUCGACUUCAGUUGUCUGUGUAUGCGAAGUUACUUUUGUUUAGCACUUUCUCUCUCUCUAUCUCUCUCCCUAUUUCUCUCACUGUCAAGUAAGAAGGAAAUUGAUACAAACUGCAAUUAAGAUGGCGGCCAGUGAUAAUUUUACUUAGUGCACAAAAGUAUGCAACGCGAAUGUCGAUCGAGCCGUUAGUCACCUGAGCAACACAGCACCGCACCAUAAGCAGUGAAGCAAUCAGUUCUUCAAGCGUAUGGAAAUUAGCACCUGCACAUAAAACAUUUGCCGACUUCCCACUUGCAACAAGCAUUUUCCUCCCACCUUACAACGAUUUAAAUAAAUAAAUAAGCAAAGAACCCGUAAAACAUAAACUACAAGAACACUUUUACCGUUUAACGCAACAUCGACUAUGGCGAACACAGCGCAAUUGCUACGCCGUCAGAGCUCGCGCGACAUUGUGCUCAAGACCCAGAGGAGCAUCGAUCAAUUGGAACUGCGAGAGUUGCGUGGCCGCCUGGUGCCCAAGGAGCAUGGCGUCAGUCAUCAUCAUCACACAUCGCUGCAUCACCAUCAUCAGCCCAUGUACGGCGCAACGAAUCAGGGCUUCAUGUCCGAUGCCUUCGAUGAGUCAUCCGAAUUGGAGCAAGAGCCACCUUUCGGCUCGGAUGCGAGCACUAGCCGAAUUAAGGCCGAACUCUCCGCUAACGUGGAUCAACAGCAGCAACCGCAGCAGCAGCAGGACAUCGUUGAGGGCGAAAAGGAGGGCGAGGAGCGCGAGAGCUGGGAUAGCAAAAUCAUGUUCCUGCUAGCCACCAUUGGCUACGCAGUUGGCCUGGGCAAUGUGUGGCGGUUUCCGUAUCUGGCGCAGAAGAAUGGCGGAGGCGCUUUCCUGGUGCCCUAUUUCAUAAUGCUGUGCAUACAGGGUAUACCGAUUUUCUAUUUGGAGCUGGCCAUUGGUCAACGACUGCGCAAGGGAGCGAUCGGUGUGUGGAGCCAGGUGUCGCCGUACCUGGGCGGCAUUGGCAUCUCGUCGGCUGUGGUCAGCUUCAUUGUAGCGCUCUACUACAAUACGAUAAUUGCCUGGUGCUUGAUCUAUUUGCUACACAGCUUCGAGUCGCCAUUGCCGUGGGCCGACUGUCCGACUCGGCUCUAUAAGAACUAUACAUACGACCAUGAGCCAGAGUGCGUGGCCUCGUCGCCGACCCAGUUCUAUUGGUAUCGCACCACUCUGCAGUGCUCGGAGAGCGUGGACAUGCCGGAGAGCUUUAAUUAUCACAUGGCCAUUGCGUUGAUAGUGUCCUGGUUUUUGGUCUACAUCUGCAUGGUGCAGGGCAUCACGUCGUCAGGCAAAAUCGUCUAUAUGACGGCCAUCUUUCCGUAUGUGGUGCUCAUUAUCUUCUUCUUCCGGGGCAUCACACUCAAAGGUGCCGCCGACGGCGUGGCUCAUCUAUUCACGCCCCGCUGGGAGACGCUGCUCGACCCGGUCGUGUGGCUGGAGGCUGGCACCCAAAUCUUCUUCUCACUGGGACUCGCCUUUGGCGGCCUGAUCGCCUUCAGCUCCUACAAUCCAGCUAACAACAAUUGCUACAGGGAUGCUAUUCUGGUGUCGAUGACCAACUGCGGCACCUCAAUGUUUGCGGGCGUCGUUGUCUUUGCGGUGAUUGGCUUCAAGGCAACGGCCACCUUCGACCGCUGCACAGAGGAACGAGCUGGCCUCGUGGCCCUGAAUCGUACGCACAACUUACCCGUUUGCGAUCUACAACAGGAGUUGGCCAAUAGCGCAUCUGGCACAGGGCUGGCUUUUAUCAUAUUUACUGAGGCGAUCAAUCAGUUUCCUGGCGCCCAGCUCUGGGCUGUGCUCUUCUUUCUAAUGCUCUUCACCUUGGGAAUAGAUUCGCAGUUUGGCACGUUGGAGGGCGUGGUCACGUCGCUGGUGGACAUGAAACUCUUUCCCAAUCUGCCAAAGGAAUAUAUCGUGGGCGCGCUUUGCCUCUCCUGCUGUCUGAUCUCCAUGUGCUUUGCCAACGGCGCUGGCAGUUACAUCUUUCAGCUAAUGGACAGCUUUGCUGGCAAUUUCCCACUGCUGAUCAUUGCGCUGUUCGAGUGCCUCUCGAUCAGCUAUAUUUAUGGUGUCAGGCGCUUCUCCGAUGACAUUGAGAUGAUGACUGGCUCCAGGCCGGGUUUCUACUGGAUGUUCUGCUGGAAGUAUUUGUCGCCCUGUGCCAUGGUCACCAUCCUACUGGCCUCCUUCUACCAACUGGUGACCGAGGGCAGCAGCUAUCCGGCCUGGAUCGCGGCCACGGGUGCCACUGAGAAAAUGGAAUGGCCGCACUGGUGCAUUGUCAUCGCUUUCAUACUGAUCCUUUCAUCCAUACUGUGGAUUCCACUCGUCGCCAUAUUGCGUCUAUGUGGCAUUAAGGUGGUUGAGGACUCAGAUCCCGCCUGGUUUCCUGAAGCAGAGCUCAGGGAGGUACAUGGCAUUGUGCCGCAUGAGCCUACCGAGCUGGAGCGCAGUGUCUUCUGCUUCAACAUGGAUGGAACGGAAGGCAUGUGCUGUCCCAAGUAUGGGUUACCCGAAAAGUCGCUCGAGGAGGAGGAGGAGUAGGUAUGGCUAAGUCAUCUGCAAAUCUCGACAAUAACAAAAAAAAAUUAAGCAGUUAACU